CCAUCGCUUUACAUAAACAUGGUCAUAUCACGGUUAGACUUAAAAGAAACAUCUGUACGAUACAUAACCAUCAGGUUUGUCACCAUUUUGCGGAUCACCUCAAUGUAAUGAAGACCCCUAACUUGGCCUUUUAAGCAGCUGCUGAAAGGCAUUAAAAUCCAGCCGAGUUUAUUUACAAAGUCAUGGGCUUAGCUUUGUAUAGUUCCACUAUCUGCGAACACCACACGUCGAGAUUUGUCUGUGUCUUAUCCGCAUCACUCCUGCUUCUGUUCAUAUUUUCGUAGGUUCGUUAAUGAGGCCAAGCACGACAAGGAAUAGUCACCACAUCUUGUAUUAGUAUUUAAGGAAUGUACGGUACUAAGCUACGAUAGACCGGUACCAUUGGACCAAUAUUUGAAGGUUGAUGGUGAUGACGCUGUAAAAUUGUCCCAGCAGUGGAGCACAUUCCUUCACGGUAUGCUAACAAUAGGCUUUCUACAAACCAAUACGUCGAUGACAGGACCUGACUUCGUGUAGCAUUUUUGUCAUCAUUGAACACCGUCUACAAACAUUUACGACUAAAAACAAACUUUUAAAGCAAAUAGAAGAACUUUACUUACAAUCGAACAUUUGGACAAGAAAAGGAAAAACCUUGAAGCAAUAAGAGCUGGCGAUAAGAGUGACAGACUGCAUUACGGCGAUCUUAUCGGGACGCUCUAUUAUCCAAUAGUAAUAUUCAAGACAUUUCUCAUUAUGGAAUGGAAUGGAACAGUAAUAAGCGAAGAACAUUCAACAAACGCAAGCAUCAUUCAGAAUGGGACACGGAAUUAUGGCUCGGUAUAUGUACAGGAGCCUUUGGGUUCCUAUAUAUUCCGUCUGCUUUUAUACGCUAUAAUAUUUCUGCUGUCAUUAUUUGGUAAUGUUCUAGUAAUAUGGAUCGUCUAUCGAACACGUGAAUUACACACAGUUACUGGCUAUCUAAUCUGCAAUCUAUCAGUAGCUGACUUUGGAGUUUCUUUAUUCUGUGUCCCGUUUACCUUGGCCUACGCUGAAUUAAAGGUCUGGCUGUUUGGGCUAGCAAUGUGCAAGAUUCUGUGGGCCUUCCAAACAUCAGCAAUAAUGGCAUCUGUGUCCACCCUGCUGGCUAUCAGCUUUGAUCGUUUUCGUUCAAUAGCUUAUCCCUACGAACCACGUAUAAGUAUAUCCAAGGUCAAGUUCAUAAUUGCAGGAGUGUGGAUCCUUUCUUUCUUUGUGGGCUUACCAUUUCUUAUCAUCAAUAAAGUUGUUCCCUACAAAAAUGGUGAAAUUUGCGUUGAAGUUUGGCCCAAGGUUAUUUAUCGCCAAGUGUACACGGUKCUAUCGUUCCUGCUAACCUAUGGAUUGCCGCUGCCACUAAUGGCGGUGUGGUACGGCAUUGUUGUGUACAAACUAGAAAAGGCUGCCGAUCAGGAGAGUGACAAAGAGGGAUUCCGAGUUGCUCAGGCAAAAGGAAAAGUUAUCCGUAUGUUAAUCAUGGUGGUUGUUGCAUAUUUCACUUGUUUUCUUCCUUACCAUGUGUUGAUGAUGUGGGCAGAGUUUGGUAAUCGAUCCAAAUAUGGGUACUUCUGGAUUUUGCAGUCAUACUCUGUGGUGCUGGUGUUCUUGAACAGUUGUAUCAAUCCAAUGCUCUACUAUUUCUUCAGUGAACAGUUUCGAAGAGGUUUUAAGAAGGCCGUGUGCUGUGGUAGAAGAUCAGAGAAGAUUCCACGUACAAGCCCAUCUACCGGAUCCACAAAGCUCCUGUCUUCUAGGUCAUAAAGCACCGACGAUGUUAAGGAUUCCAAAGCCAAGUAAAGUUAACUUUGAGCCGACAAAGACAACGACACAAGAAGAGUACACUCAGAUAUCUUCAUUUUGGUUAUAACGCUAACGUUCUAUGAUAUAGAUCUUAGGAAAUUACACAUUGAGUAGAUAUAAGAUUGGCUGAUCAUUUCCCAGGAAUUCCUCAUGAACACAAGAUGUCCUUUCCAUAUUUUUCCAAAUACAAAGACAUAUUUAUAUAUCUUCAAUAUGCAUUAUAACGUCAUUUUACUUUAACUACCAGCAUGCUCUGCGUAAUUUCUUUGCAAUUCAGAUUGUUAAUUCAAUUUGGACUGCUCACUGACAAUAGAAAGUUGCAAAGCAUUAUGGUAGUCAUAUGACGUCAUCGUUAAAAGUGUCGUCCACUACGCUUAUUAUCAUUUUGAUUCCUUURCCCAAUCUUAUACAAUAUAUGAGAACCAGAUCUCAAUAAUACCUGCAACUCUUAUUGUUAAUUUAAAGCUAUUUUACAUAAAAAUCACCAAAAAUAAGUCGACAUUCCWUAAWCAAKACACGGCUAACAAGUCUUUCUGCUAAACGARCGACAACUUCUUUUUUUAUUAAUGACAUWUUUUUGAAAUGCAUAUGUAUGUYGAAACCAAUAAGAAUCAAUCUCGUCAUAUAUGACCGGAUAUUAGCUCGUCGACUGGAAUAAAAAUGAUGAAAUAGCACAAAAUAGUACAUGUAUAAUAUCAAUAUCGCGCAUUAUUUAUUAAAAAUUCAUUACACAUUAGUGCAAUUGCUCAAUGUAGGUGAUUCAGUGUUUCCUGGUUAAUUCAAAUAUUUGCAUUAGCAAACCCUUGCCAUUCGAAAGGGAAUUGCAUACCCAACCCAGCUCAUCGUGAAUCAGCCGCUUCUUUGCUUGUCAGUACAAACCAAAAAAAGAUAAAAAAAAUCUAGAUUCGCUUUUGCCCCUUUAUCCUAACUUAUCUUAACCCACUUAUUGCUAAAUAUCUAGACAGUAAUAAUUUAGCUGUGUAGGACCAUGGAUUGACUCUUAUCGUUAAUUCAAUUCAGAACAAUUAUCAUACAUCAAU